AUGGCGGACACCAAAACCGCGCCACCCGGGAACGAUGACCAGGUCAUCGGCGUCGACCGCGCCUCGGCCGAGGUCGCCGAUCACCACUCCGCGAAGCUCGCCAGCACCUUCGUCCAGAACGCAAAGUCCGCGUCGGACAAGGAGCAGGCGAUGAGCCUGUCGCAGGGCAUCAAGCUGUACCCCAAGGCCAUCGCGUGGUCCAUCCUCAUCUCGACCUGCAUCGCCAUGGAGGGGUACGACAUCUCCCUCGUCAGCAACUUCUACGCGUUCCCCCAGUUCAACCGCAAGUACGGCGUGUGCGACGCCGCCGGCAACUGCGAGGUGCCCGCGCCGUGGCAGGCCGGCCUGAGCAACGGCGCCACCGUCGGCGAGAUCAUCGGCCUCUUCAUCAACGGAUGGGUCUCGGAACGCUUCGGCUACAGGUGGACCGUCAUCGUCUGCCUGAUGCUCGUCACCGCCUUCACGGCCCUCUUCUUCACCGCGCAGAACGUUCAGACCCUCCUCGCCGCCGAGAUCCUGUGCGGCAUCCCCUGGGGCGUCUUCCAGACCCUCUGCAUCACCUACGCCUCCGAGGUCUGCCCCGUCGCCCUGCGCGGCUACCUCACGACCUACGUCAACUUCUGCUGGGGCCUCGGCCAGGAGAUCGGCAUCGGCGUCAUCAUGUCCAUGCUCGACCGCGACGACGAGUGGGCGUACCGCAUCCCCUACGCCCUGCAGUGGAUGUGGCCGGUGCCGCUGGCCGUCGGCAUCUACUUCGCGCCCGAGUCGCCGUGGUGGCUGGUCCGGAAGGGCAAGAUCGACGACGCGAAGAAGUCGCUGCUGCGGCUGACGAGCAAGGACAAGGAGACGAACUUCGACGCCGACGAGACGGUCGCCAUGAUGGUGCACACGACCGCGCUCGAGGAGAAGAUCACGGCUGGCGCGACGUAUCUCGACUGCUUCAAGGGCGUGGACCUGCGCCGCACCGAAAUCGUGUGCAUGACCUGGGCGAUCCAGAACCUCAGCGGCAACUCGUUCUCCAACUACUCUACGUACUUCCUCAAGCAGGCCGGCCUCUCCACCGCCAACUCGUACAAGUUCGCCCUCGGCCAGUACGCCAUCAACAUGAUCGGCGUCUUCGGCGCCUGGUUCCUCAUGUCGUGGGGCAUCGGCCGACGCACGCUCUACUUCUACGGACUCUGCGGUCUCUGCAGCAUGCUCAUGAUCCUCGGCUUCCUGGGCCUCGUCCCGGAGCAACACCGUGAGCAGGGCGCCCUGGCGACGGGAAGCAUCAUGAUCGUCUGGGCAAUGUUCUACCAGCUCACCGUCGGCACCGUCUGCUACUCGCUCGUCAGCGAGCUGCCCUCUCGUCGUCUGCAGAUCAAGACCGUGGUGCUGGGACGCAACCUAUACAACAUUGUCAACAUCGUCAACAACGUCCUCACUCCGUACAUGCUCAACCCGACCGCGUGGAACUGGUCCAACUACACCGGCUUCUUCUGGGCGGGCAUCUGCUUCUGCUGCUGCAUCUACACGUACUUCCGCGUCCCGGAGCCCCGUGGCCGCACGUACGCCGAGCUGGACGUCCUGUUCGAGCACAAGGUCAGCGCCCGCAAGUUCGAGUCGACCAAGGUCGACGUCUUUGGCGAGGACGUUGGCGAGAAGGCGAUGCAGAACUACCACCAGCAGAUCCGCGUCUCGCACUCCGAGAAGGAUGUCCAGGUGUGA